CAGUUGGUGACGAGUAUUAUGAAAAUGGCCUCAACCCUGCCCGUGAGCACGAAUAACCGGAGAAGAUGACGACGCUGAGCUUUUCAAGUCAGUUGAACACCAAAGUGUCUUCUUUGAACACCCAUAUAGCAGUGAAGUAAACAAAAACAAAGGAACUCUCGGCAAAGAAACGACUAAAAAUACCCCCGACCACCGCAUAUUUUCGUAGGGCUGAGAGGAGCCACUAUGGAGGAUAUCAACUCUAAUAUCAACGCGGACUUGGAGGUGCGGAAGCUCCAGGACUUGGUGAAGAAACUCGAACAACAAAAUGAGCAGCUUCGGAGCAGGUCUACGAUGUUGUCCUCGUCCGGAGCGAUGUCAGGGAACCACAGACCCCUGAGCGCCGGAUACGACUCUUCGUCCCUGUCAGCGGGGAUGGCAGCCGGUCUGGCCGGCUUCCCUGGGGUGGGGUUCGCCGGAACGGGCGGCUACGGUGGGCUGCUGGAGAACAACCGCUGUUUAAACCCCAGACUGUCUUACGACGGCAUCAGUUUCAGGAGGGCGUAUGAGGGCGAGGGGGCAUCUGCUGCCACCUCUCUAUCGAGUAUGAACUCACUUUAUUCAGACACUAGCAGGGGCUUCACGGAUGAAGGGGAAACCUCAAUCCUAGAUGAAGUGGAAAUCUUAGAUCUCGAAGACAUGGAUUGUCUAAACGAAGACGAGGACAGCUGGUUAUAUGAGGCAAAGCUGAACAGUCCCCUGCAAAAAGCCUUGAGUCCUAUUGUGUGGUGCCGCCAAGCUCUGGACAAUCCGAGCCCUGAGAUGGAAUCAGCCAAGCGCUCCCUCAUCCACAGACUGGACCUCACCAUGUCAGCCAACAAGCGCAGGAGCCUGUAUGGAAGCCCAUACAACCAGCAGAGUUAUGGAAGCCCUUAUAGCACAAAUGCAGCCAACAGCCCUUACAGCAGUGGCUUCAACUCCCCAUCCUCAACCCCCAGCAGAGUGCCCAUUGUUAGACAGCAGCUAAUGCCCAGUAACGCAAUUCACCAGCGAAACUCUGCAGCAGAGAGGAAUCCUCCUGCAGUUAGUCCGCAGUCAUCGGUGGACAGCGAACUGAGCACGUCAGAGAUGGAUGAGGACUCAGUGGGAUCCUCAACUACCUACAAACUCAAUGAUGUCACUGAUGUCCAGAUACUGGCACGCAUGCAAGAAGAGAGCUUGAGACAGGAGUACGCUGCAACAGCAUCCAGACGGAGCUCAGGUUCAUCCUGCCACUCACUGCGGCGCAGCACCUUCAGUGACCAGGAGUUAGAUGCUCAUAGUCUGGAGGACGAGGAGGAGGCGGUGCACCCGGCCUUUCACCUGCCCUCCAACCGCUUCAGCCCCUCCCCUCGCCACUCUCCACGUGCAUCCCCAAGAAAUUCUCCCCGCUCACGCUCCCCUGCUCGUUCCAUUGACUACAGCCACAGCCGGGGAUCGCCCCAGCCCAUCAUCAGCCGUCUGCAGCAGCCUCGCCACUCGCUGCAGGGCCAUGGGCAUGACCUUCAAACUAAUGUGGUGAAAAAUGAAGAAAAACUGCGCCGAAGUCUUCCCAACCUCACACGCUCCUCGGCGGCAGCUGCAGUUCAGGCCCCAGAGCCCGUCAAGAACAGUCGCAGCUGUGAGUCCAACCUGCAAGUGCCAAACGGUGGCUCUCCCCGACACCAGAGCCAGUCUGCCACAGCACCUCAGCUCCCGAAAUACUUGACCCCUUCUCGCACCUCCCCGAAACCCAAACAGCACCUCCAAAGGCCCACUGCCCUGCGAGUCCCAUCUCCCAGUAAACUGCGGACUCCUGCCACCCCAUCCCCACUGGCCUUGAGGCAACCAGUAAAGGCCACAUCCACCCCCAAUUCUGCCACCUCCACCCCGACCCGUUCCCUGGCUCCUCCGCGCAGUGGCCUUCCCCGACCCAGUGCAGGAGGAGGAGGAGGAGGUGGAGGAGGAGGAGGCAUCCCUAUGCCUCGCAGCAAACUGGCCCAACCAGUGCGCAGAUCUCUUCCUGCUCCGCGGACUUACAGCGGCAGUGGUGACAACUGGAGAGAAGGUUGUUACUAAGGCUGGCCAGCAGGGGGCUCUCCAGUCAAAACCAUCGAUACAAGGAGGAAGAUAUUUCAACAUGGCACUUUAUCUACCUAGAUAACUUACAGUACAGAAAGACAAAGUCCCAAAAAAUACAUCCGAUUCAGAAUUUAAAAAAAGGAGAGGCCAGCGUCCACAUUGUGUCAAAGAGGACCUCUCAUUGUGUCUCUCUGUUGGGACUGGCUUUGGAGGGGUCAGGCAUGUAGUGCAUACAGCCCAGAAGAUGCCAAAGAAACCAGCCCGUCUCCAGCGGCGCCAACAGAGGACACAUCACCUGCCUUUGGUUCAACUGCAGUCAUCCGUGAGACUGUCCAUAUCUCCACAUGCCCAGCUCUCCUCCUCUCCCCUGUUCUUCUCCAUCUCCCUCAGGUUGAAAUGUUUCCAUGCAUUUCUCUCUUUAUGCUCUGUGUUUAACAGAUGUUGGUGAGCGAUCUCUAUGAUGAUGCUGUGCAGGUGAACUGUCCCGUAACGUUAGAGAAUUGUUGAUGUCUUGAAACAGUGAAAGCACCUCUUGUGUGAGUUUGACAUUUAAGAAUCUUUCCUCUUUGUAAAAUCAGCCAGAAUGUAUGCACAAGUUUGUUUUGGAAAAUUAUUUAUUCAAAAUUAUUUAAGAAGUGUAUGUCCAAACAUCCAUAUCAGUAUUUUGUUUUAAAAAUUUCAGUUGUUUAAAAUGUAUGUUUUGAACCUCAACUGCAAAGCUAACUCUCCAAAGUCUUUUUUUUUUUUUUUCUUUUGUUUUUAAAGUGUCAAACCGGGAGACUAAAGACUCCCCGGCCAAAGCCUGAGUUCCGACUUGUACCAGUUUGCCAGGAUGAUACUUUUCCAUUGAAGUGCUUUAAGUGAUCUGUUCAAGAACAGGGGCCAGUUUCACAAAAAUGGCUCAGAUUUAAAGCCUGUGUCUCAAAGACAGCUGCAUCCACCAUCAUCAUCAAUUACUUUGUGAGGCCCAAAAAUGUUAACAUUUUGGCCCCACCCAUGCUGUUUUUUUUUUUUUUUUGGGGGGGGGGGGUAUUUGGACAAGAGGGUGGAGUGCUAAGUUGCCAGGUAACACUAGCAUUCAUAAGCUGUAUGGUAUAACUCACAGACACAGAUACCUGCUGCUCAGUGCUAAGGAGCAGACUAAUAAAACACUAGAAUUUCAAGAACGCACCAAAACCAUGAACAGCAGAUGGGUCCAGUCCAGUGACUCUGAUAGCAAAUGUGAAGCCUGGCAGACAGCAGUCUGCUGAACCUGCCUGUGUCAUUAUUCACCUGCAGUAUCAGUCAGAGUGGAAACCUCUCUAAUUUUAAGCCCUAAUGAAGUUUAAAUCAGUGAAGUCUAUAGCGAGUGGCCACUCUGUGAACUGUCAUUUUUGGGACUUUUGGCUUAAUUUUUCUUCUUGGGUGGAAGUACUAAUUCUGGGUAAGUGAAGAUAUUUUUAUAAAACAAAAAUUACAGCUGAUUGAAAUCUGAAUCUACAUUUUACAGAUAUAUUAAUUUGACAGAAUGGGUAAAAAAAUAAGAAUGUAAAAAAAAAAAAAUGUUGACUAUCACCAUUUUAUCAGCGGGUGUCACUGAGUGAAAACAUCGGUCUUAAUUUGAAGUUAGCAGGGGGAGAAUGGUGACUUAUUUGGGCUUAAAGGUACUAUUUUUAUGUUUUUAAAGAUUGUUUAAAAAAAAAAAAAAACUAAACCUAUCAAUGGAAGAUGAUGAAACAGUGUCUAUAACUUAAUGUCCAAAAUGUCUAUGUAUUGUGUUGAAGAGAUAUGAAUUUAAGUUUAAACAAGACCAUUCUGUACUUUUGUGCAAUAUUAAUUUGUACCACAAGAUGGUGCAGUGACUCAACAUAGUCUUUAUUAAACCUGACAACAUAUUAAGAACACAUUUUUAUUUUGGAAAAAGGUGAAGCCUCUUGUGUAAGUGGGGGAGGUUAAAAAGAAAUUUCUAAAGUUUAAAAACAAACACACUGCACCCUGCUGGUGAAAGCUUUAGUUACAUUUUGCAGCGGGUAAUGACAAAGUACGUUUUUGUAAAACUUGAAUCCACAUUAGAUUAUAUAUUAUUUAUCUUGACUGCAGAAGGUAACAGGCAUUUAAGUAAGUGGUCAUAAUCGUCCCUUUUCUGUUGUAGGACGAAGUCUCUGAGUUACUUUUAAUAGAAACACAACACUUCCUGUAAGCACUUAAAGUUAAAAGCCCUUUCAUUCUGGCUUUUAUUACUGGACUAUGCUAUUAAUUGACUGUCUUGUAGAAAAAUGGUGGUCAAAGAGCACAUUUUGGACCCUCUGACACGGCAGUCUCAGAUCUCUUUGUGAAACUGGCCCCAGGUUAACAUUAGCUCUGAGUUUUAUCUGACGUCUGAGAACAAAUGUUGAGAAAGAAGCCCAAAAUGGCUGUUUUGUCCCUGUUCAUCCAUUCAGCCAGUGAAAACAAGGAAACCUUGAUGUGGUUCGUUAAAUCCCCGUAAGAGAUUUAUCAGUGUGUAUCAUUCAUACCAUGAAAAAAAAUGGAAAUCUGUCUUGAAUGAGUUUUAGGUUUUGACUGGCUUUUACCUCUAGUGCUACGAGAACAAAUCAAAAGGCAUGCCAGUGUUAGGGAAGCUGUUCUGGUGAUUGGUGUGGUGGGUGUUCUUAAACUAGUGCCUAUAAUUUAAAGUUUGAAGAUCAUGUUUUAUCUUUUUUUUUUUUUUUUUU